AGGAGCUUUCCGACGAAAGGGCCUGGAUGAAAUAAUAUUUAUGUUGUGUGCUGGACUCACUGGAUGCGGUUAUCCGCCUCUCGACGGUAUCACUCAUCCGAUUGUUCCGCUAAGUCAUUUGUUGAACAUCGACUACGAAUGCUCGGCUAUGUGUUGCUGUCGGUUUGACGUGAGGAGGCUAGCAGGAGGCAAGUCCAUGACACCAUGAGUCCUCCAGCUCUGCCUGUAGUCUUCUGCUGUUGUCACAGGAAAAUUUGGUUGCAUUCAGCAGCCAGAGACAAAAACAUCUCUAUUUUCCAACCAUAUUAUCUGCCCCCGGAUGAUGCUAUGGAAGGACAAGCAUAAUGAAUAGAUACACUACCAUCAGACAGCUCGGGGAUGGCACCUACGGCUCAGUCAUCCUUGGCCGCAGUCUGGAGUCAGGAGAGCUAGUUGCCAUAAAGAAAAUGAAAAGAAAAUUCUACUCCUGGGAAGAAUGCAUGAACCUUCGUGAAGUCAAGUCCUUAAAGAAACUCAACCAUGCUAACGUGAUCAAACUUAAAGAGGUCAUUCGAGAAAAUGAUCACUUGUACUUUAUAUUUGAGUACAUGAAGGAAAAUUUAUAUCAGCUGAUGAAAGACAGGACACGGUUCUUUCCUGAAUCUGCUGUGAGAAAUAUUAUGUUUCAGAUACUACAGGGGCUCGCUUUCAUUCAUAAACAUGGGUUUUUUCACAGGGACAUGAAACCUGAGAAUCUUCUGUGCAUGGGCCCAGAGCUGGUGAAAAUAGCUGACUUUGGGCUUGCCCGAGAAAUCAGAUCUCGACCACCAUACACAGACUAUGUCUCGACCAGAUGGUACAGAGCCCCAGAGGUGCUCCUCAGAUCCACGUCCUACAGUUCACCCAUAGACCAGUGGGCAGUUGGCUGCAUCAUGGCAGAGCUUUAUACCCUCAGGCCUCUUUUCCCGGGCUCCAGUGAAGUAGACACUAUAUUCAAGAUUUGCCAAGUCUUGGGUACACCAAAGAAGAACGAUUGGCCGGAGGGAUACCAGCUGGCAAGUGCUAUGAAUUUCCGUUGGCCUCAGUGUGUUCCCAGCAAUCUGAAGACACUGAUCCUGAAUGCCAGUCCUGAAGCCAUCCAUCUGAUGACAGACUUGCUCCAGUGGGAUCCCAAGAAGAGGCCAGCUUCUGCCCAGGCUCUCAGGUACUCUUACUUCCAUGUGGGCCAGGCUUUGGGCACUCCUCAGCAGAUCCUGGAGCAGGGCAGACCUCAGCCAGGCCUUGUGCCGUUGCAGGCUCCUUUGCAGUCACAACAGAUGCUGCAGCAGCAACCGCUGCUGCUGAAGCCCGUGCCCCCCUCCCAGCCUCCACCUCCCAACCAACACUGCUCCCCCUCCAGGCCUCUGCAGCAGAUCCAGCCCUCCCCUGUAUCCGCAGCUGCCCAGGCGGCAGUGUACCAACGGCACACAGACCUGGUGCGAGAGCAGCAACCGAAGCACAUUCUGAAGCAGGAACAGACCGAAGGAACGCCACAGAGCCACCUUCCUUACAUCAUUGACAAGACUCUCCAGAGCAAGCAAACCCGACAGGAGUCAGAAAAUACAAACCUACUGAGCUAUCAGUUGAAGCCCAAAGGAGGGCGGCGGCGUUGGGGUCAUGGCACAGGACACCUUAAGGGUGAAGACUGGGAUGACUACGAAGAAACUGAUCUGACAUCUAUAAGUAUUCUUGGGAAAAGUAACUUCUCCACAGAGAAAUCGAGGCAGGGGGAGGAUGCAUUGAGCAGAUUUGGAAGUGUUCUGGAUUUCAGUCGACCCAAGGCAAAGGAAGAUGCACCUUUAAACCUGAACAAAACUACUGCCUACCAGGAGCCAUCAAGAACCGCUUCUGCUAAACAGCAUUAUUUGAGACAGUCAAGAUAUUUGCCUGGCAUUAGCACAAAGAAGAACGUGCCAAUAAAUGCCAGCAAGGACUACACUGGAAGCCAUCUCUGGGGCAACAGUAGUAUUCCAUUUGGAGGGACUCUGCCGAGCAGAGGCGCUCAUGGUACAAACACAAUCCCAGGGGGAUACAUGCCAUCAUUUUACAAAAAAGACCUUGGUUCUGCUGGUCACAGAGGGCAUCAUGGUCCUUCAGUGGAAUCAACAGCAUCAAAUUAUGCAACGUGGCAGUCUGGCCGUAGUCCGAUGAACACCUCUACAAGUAUGCUGUCUGCCAACAAGAACACGCCUGGGCUGCUGCCUCGCCCACCGGUACAGACCAUCCACGGGCGAACAGACUGGUCUGCCAAAUAUGGACACCGCUAGUGCCCUCCCUGGAGCUCUGAUCUGUGCCCAGGAAGAGAUAUCCAUGCGCCUAAGAACUUUUUCACCCCCAAAGAAUAGGCCUAGUUGUUUUAUAAUCCAAAUCUGUACAUACAUCUUACACAGCAAUAAUUUUUUUUCAUUGUGUGUAUUGUGGAUGUUGUGAGUUGUAAAAUAUCAAAGUGUAUGUGUAUAGCUAAAUGCAGCCCGCCAAAAUUUGAGCCCAGAUUUGCUCCUCAGUGUUUUAUUUUGUAUUUCUGUAACAUAAUUACUGUCCUACAGAGGAUGCGCCUGUACCCUCAGUUUUGUAUCAGAUUUAUCAUUGAAUGUUGUUCACCAACCUGUAUACAUAAUAUGCAUAUUGUAAGUUUAUGAAAACUUCACUGUGAUUUGUUUUUGGCUAAUUAAUUACUUUGCCACUGUAUAGUAAGCUGUAUUUCUAUUUAUGAUUGUAGCCUUGUCAAUCAGGUAACUAUUAUUUGUGCUUUAUGUUUUUAAUGAAAUUCAAGAAAGUGCUUUAAUUUCAGUAAAAUUAAUACAAUGCAAGUGGUUACCACACUGCACAAAUCUGUUUUAGUUUCAUAAGUAAAAUUAUCCAAGUAAACACGUUCUACCCCCUUAGCCAAACUGAGUGUGAUUAUCAAAUUGGCAGUUAUUAAAUAUAAUUCAAUGUUUGAAUGGGUACCAUUAUGUUCAAUUUUUUCAUGAAAUACUUUUCAUUGACAAAAAAAAAAAAAAAAAAAACCCAACCUAAAAAAAAAAUAAAAUCAUUCUCCAUGCAUGGUUAACAGUUGCACCAGCAGCCCUGCAGAUACUGUUUGCUGCUGUGUAUUAACAUUCUAGAUUAAUCUGUCAGUAGUAGCUCUUAGUGCCUUACAUGCAUGAAUACAGUGCAUCUGUACUGAUCUGAUGUCCUGAUUCAAAUUUGUAUACUAGAGUGGACACAUACUGUAAUGAAAUGGAUUUUGGUUUGGAUUGGUACAUAUUGUGAUUGAAAGAAGAAAGAUGUUGCAAUCUCAUACAGAGGAGAUGUGACAAACAUCAGCGGUUUACAUAAUUUAUAAAUAGUGUCAACCUAAUAAUUACUAGUAUGUAUGAGAAAAGGCUAUGGAGAUGACAGGUACAUGACAUACAUAAGGUAGUAUGAAAUUUAGGUUUAGGUGUGAAAUACCAGCUUUUAAAGAAUUUUAACCAAACCUUACACUGCAUUCCAUGUAUGACACAGCAGAUCUCUAGACAAUUACAGUACAUGUAUCAAAAUAGAAAACUAGGGCUACAAACAAAGCUAUCAGAGGCAGUCCAGAUAGGUGAUAGAGAAUACAAUGUAUGAAUGUCAUACAUCGAUAGCUUGAAAUUGGAAAAGGAAGGCAGACUGCCACGAGCAGCGCCGCAUUUGGAUGUGUCUGACGCUUGGAGCUUAACUUCCCUACGUUUCUCCUACAAAUGGGCCUUGAGCUUGUUUGGCUUGUAUUGUCAUCUGGUAUUGGUGUCUGAAAACGUAAAUAACGUCGAUCCGUGCCGAAAAAUCAGCUAACGAAUGCCGUUAGUAGUUAAAAAUUUUCCCAUGAUGUCUAGCGGUCAAAAUGUUAAUGAGCCAGGUUUCUAUUGGCCAGAGCCAUCCACUCACAGACUUUGGAUGUUUUCCCGUCCGCAUAAAUUUUUUUCGAUACCUCAAAUAAAACUUAUAUAACAACCUGAUUAGUUGAUUAGUCAGUUUCUCCAGGGUGACCAGAGCUGCGCACAGGUGUGGGACCUCACCAAAGACAUGUUAAC